CUUAGCUUUUGUCAUGUUUAACUCCAUUGUCACCCAUGAAGGGUCUGUUAUUAAUUGCAAAUGUUUAACAACUCAACCAUAGAACACUGAGUGUAUCAGUUCGCGAUGGAACAACACCAGAAAUGGAUGAGAUUUGCGGGGUUUAUUCCGAAAGCAGUUUUCCCGUGGAUCGCCAUCGUGUUGUUGGUAUGGACGCUGCCGGUGGCUGUGAUGUCAACGGGGCAGCCGUACUGGUACGAACCGCCGUGCCGCAAGCAAGAUUUCACAUGGACGACCCAAAGUGGACGGACUCCAGUUUGCAGCUACGUUGAAAUCCCUGAUGGUUGCAGCAACCCUCUCCCCCCUCUCACAGACGAGUCCCUCAGGCCUCCUCCGGUAAGCAACGUCCAGAUGGAGUACUACACCACCGAGUUCAUCUCAGCAGUUGAGCAGUAUAGACAGUGGGAAGGCAUUUGGAGUUGUCUGAAUUUCACAUUUCAGAUCGGACCAGAAGCUGCGGGAAAAAUUCAAGGGAUCCUAUUUUCAAUGAGGAGUUUGAACAUAGACUCGGAUGACUACGGUGAGCUUAUCUGUCGAGCUUUUGACUUUGGCGGUCCUCUGAAUGCAGAUGCAUUGAUCAGUGAGGACGGUACUCCGUUGAAGUUAUUUUUUGACUGUUUUCGGGGUCAGAAGCCCGGCAUGGAAUAUGAGUAUACAAUAAGAACUCUGCCAGUGAUUGAUAUAAAUGGUGACUAUCCAAGAGAUACUGCAGUGACAAUGAGAUACAGAACACAAUCAUGCUAUUACAUUCCAAACGACUAUCUGUGCAUCGACAAAUCUGAAGGUGUUCUACAAGACAAUGAGUUGUGUGCUCACUGGAGGCCACAGUAUCUGCUUGUAUCUAGCGAGUAUCUUGACCUAUCUGUUGAAGUGGAGCUGGGACCUGAAGAGUGUGAAUUUAACACAUUCCGUAUAUCAGUCCCUACUGUUACUGAUCACAACAGCGGCCAUUCAAGCGGUUUCACAGAUUUUGAUGUUAAAAACAUGUCUUACUACCAGACUUUCAAGUAUGGAAGACAAAUCACUUUUAUCAGGGUGAACUUAAACACAGGACCUGGUCAGAGAUUAGUAAAGAUCACUCCACAACCGGACAUCAAUACAUGUUUCACUAAAGAUGGUCAAGAUAGAACGUGCAGCAUUACCUUGUCUGCUGAAUUCAAAAUUAUUGAGAAUCCUUGUUUGAGUGGUCCGACGCACUGCUCUGAUACAGUGCACGAUUGCAAGCCAGUUGGAAGUGAGGCUAUCUGUGUAUGUAAGCCAGGCUACAUGGAAGAUGACAAUGGCCGUUGCAUCAAAAACCCAUGCAGCCCAUUGGACAGUGCUACUCAAAAACCCUAUAACCCAUGCGGCGUAGGGACUUGCAUCAUAAAACCCACCCAAGAUGGCUACUUCUGUAACUGUAGCUAUGGAUACAAAGAUAUGGAUGGAACUUGCAAAGUUGAUCCGUGUGUUCUUAACCCCUGUGGUAAUGGAACAUGCCGUCUUCAGAACUCAUCGUCCCCCCUUAUUGAAAUGGACUUUUCCUGCGAGUGUCGGCAGGGCUAUAUGGAAGACAGACAGACUUGUCAAGAGGAUCCGUGCUACCAGAACUCGGGGAGUGAAAAUAAUGUAUGCGGUUACCACGGCGAAUGCCAAUACGCAGCCAAUGGCGAUAGCGUUAGUGUCAAAUACAUCUGCACCUGCGACACAGGCUACGAGUAUAAUAUCUCAGAACAAACGUGCCAAGUGUCAACAAAAACCUUAGUGGUCGUGAUUUUCAUGAGCCUUCUGGUGGUGGUGAUUUUGAUCCAGGUGUUAGUGGUAUGGAAAUGUUAUAGAGAACCAGGGAGCCUGGUCUAUCAAGCUUUACACAAUUGCAGAAAAGGUGAAGAAGGCAUAAUGGUACAAGACAUUUCUCCGACCCAAAGCGUGGAUAACGUUCCAAUUGGCACGCCAAAUAACUCACGAGAGAGAAUUGAAAUAAUUCAUCCAUCAAAGCGAGUCAAGACGCUGCUGUUAUACUCCAACGAUGACCCACUGCAUGAACACGCCGUGCAGACGUUUGUCAAGUUCCUGGAGGCAGAAUGUAUGUGUGAUGUGGAAACUCCCUCGUCAUGCGAGAAUGACAUUGCAAUGGGUAAGUGCCAUUGGAUCAGUCGCACCUUGCAGUGGGCAGACAAAGUCAUCCUCUUGUGCUCAAGGGGCACCUACAUCAACUGGGGCUCCAAUUGUAAAACGGCCAUCCCUCCGGACAUCUUCACCCAAGCCUUGGCUUACAUCCUCAACAGUCUAACCUCAGUGAGCUUACCAGAUAAAUUCUGCGUAGCUUAUUUUGAUUAUUCUCAUCGGAACGACAUCCCGGGACCUUUGUCGGUUGGCGCCGUGUUCUGCCUCAUGAAACACAUGGACUCUUUGUUCUUCAGGCUUCACGACAUGACCCCAGGGUCACCGAGGUCGACAAAAUACGCCCCGAAUCUUGAAGAGAAGAAUUACGCUGCGUUGAGCGCGCACGGUAAAGCGUUGCAUAGCGCCAUCAAGUCUGCGCAUGAGCUCCAGAGAGAAGCGGCAGAUUGGAACGAGAGAUUGAGUAAUGAUUUGCUACGGGGUCGUCAUCAGGAUUUGCCGUCGAUCCCCCCUCAUCUUUUAGACAACAUGAGUCAAGUUGACGACGAGGAUUUUGAAGAAUCGCUCAGGAAGUUGGAAAACAUUAAUUCAUCCUGUGUUUAAUUGAUUCCUUUUGUACAUGUUAAUAAGUAGGAUUUGAAACUUUGCA